ACGCAGCUCACAUCUCACACAAUGAAGUUUACAGCGCUGAUACUGGUACUCCUGCUGGUGGUGUCAGCGGUCCUCGGCAGUCCAGAACCGCACAAGGGUAAGGGUGGUAAAGGCUUCAAGAAAGGCGGUCGUCGAUCCGGUGGAGGCUCCCGUCACGUCCCAGUUCAUGUGAUCCCUGUCUAUCAUGGCGGUUACGGGCACGGCGGCGGCGGAUACGGGCACGGCGGCGGCGGAUACGGGCACGGCGGCGGCGGAUACGGGCACGGCGGCGGCGGAUACGGGCACGGCGGCGGCGGAUACGGGCACGGCGGCGGCGGAUACGGUCACGGCGGCGGCGGCUUCGGUGGCGGAUUCGGAGGCAGUUUUGGAGGCUACGGAAAAAAGUAA